CGCGCGACUGCAGCGGGUGGUUAUGGCGGCCGACGGCGACUGGCAGGAUUUCUAUGAGUUCCAGGAGCCGGCCGGGAGCCUCCCGGACCAGGAGAACUGUAACGCGAGCCCCGAGGCGGGGGCGGGGGCCGGAGGCGAAGCAGGGGCAGGGGCGGGCGGGGGCGGCGACAGCUUCCCGGCGCUGGCUUGCAGCCUGGAGGAGAAGCUGAGCCUGUGCUUCCGCCCCGCCGUGCCGGGCGCCGAGCCCCCGCGGGCGGCCGUGCGGCCCAUCACGGAGCGCAGCCUGCUGCAAGGGGACGAGAUCUGGAAUGCCCUGACAGAUAAUUUUGGAAAUGUCAUGCCAGUAGACUGGAAGUCAUCCCAUACUAGGACUUUACAUUUGCUUACUCUGAACCUCUCAGAAAAAGGGAUAAGUGAUCGUUUGCUCUUUGACACAUCAGAUGACGAGGAGCUGAGAGAACAGUUGGAUAUGCAUUCAAUCAUUGUCUCCUGUGUUAAUGAGGAGCCUCUCUUCACGGCAGACCAGGUUAUUGAAGAAAUUGAAGAGAUGAUGCAGGAAUCACCAGACCCAGAAGAUGAUGAAACCCCUACACAGUCAGAUCGGCUCUCAAUGCUGUCCCAGGAGAUUCAAACUCUUAAGAGGUCCAGUAUGAGCAGCUAUGAAGAGAGGGUGAAAAGGCUGUCCGUGUCUGAGUUAAAUGAGCUCCUGGAAGAAAUUGAGAGUGCCAUUAAGGAGUACUCUGAGGAACUGGUGCAGCAGUUGGCCCUGCGAGAUGAACUGGAGUUUGAAAAGGAAGUAAAAAACAGCUUUAUUUCUGUCCUUAUUGAAGUGCAAAACAAACAGAAAGAGCACAAAGAAACGGCUAAAAAGAAAAAGAAACUAAAAAAUGGCAGCUCUCAGAAUGGGAAGAAUGAGAGAAGUCACAUGCCAGGCACACGCUUCAGCAUGGAAGGGAUCUCAAAUGUCAUUCAGAAUGGCCUCCGCCACACCUUUCGAAAUUCAGGUGGAGAGAAACAGUAUUUGACAACAGUCAUUCCUUAUGAGAAAAAAAAUGGACCACCAUCUGUUGAAGAUCUUCAAAUAUUAACAAAAAUUCUUCUUGCCAUAAAGGAUGAUAGUGAGAAAGUUCCAAGUUUGUUAACUGACUAUAUACUGAAAGCCUGCUGCCACCCCUGCUCCGUGCCUUCGACUAUAGUGCUGAAGGCCAGAAAUGUAGGUAUGGCUGCUGCUGUGCUGAUCCUAGUUCUGUGCCCCACCUAAAGCAGCAUUGCUUCAGGAGCAGCUUUAUCUUCCGUGGACUACAAGUUUGAUUUGCUACAGCAUUAUUCUGAAAGCUGGCCGCCAUGUCCUUCCUGCUACUGGAAACCCAGCACACUUGAGCUUGGGUUUGUGAUUCAGUAUUAACAGAUCAUGACUUCACUAAUUCUUUGUAUUAUAGAAUCAAGAAAACUAUGGCAAAUUCUAGAGAUGGUUUUGGUAAAUCUGCUAACAAGUAUUCUUUCUUAGUAGAAAGAAUAUUAUUAAUUGUGCAUGUGCAGUUAGUUUUCAAGUAUGCCUCUUUGAGUUUUUAUGGCUACUUUGAAAUUGCACUGAAUAACUAGCAUGAAGCUUUGAGAGAUUUAUGCUGUAGCUAUUCUUCAAUGAUGGCAAGGACACACUGAGUUUUAUAAGACACUUGUCAGUAUAAAUAUUACCUACCAGUAUUGUCCAGAGACCAAAACUUAAAAUUUGUACUGUUUUGAAGACACAACACCAGAACGGACAUUAUUUUGGUUACUGGUGAACACUGGCCGUUGGAUGGCUGACCUGGUAGCUUGCUGCUUGUUUCCUCAGUAUUCACUUUCACCAUGAGGUUACCACUGUUAGACUCUCCAUUAACUGUAGCUGUUUCAGUUUUAUCUGUCUGUGAAAAAGUAUACUUUAAAAGGAGCUUGUAUCCUUCAUGGUGCUUAAGAAACUGUAUGCUGCAGCACUGCCCAUGCAGAACCCCAUGCCAGUUCUGCUUCUUUGUCCCUGUGUACUUCGCCCAUUUCCCAUGACUCCCAUAUCUCAUCCUCCCAUAUUUUCCUGUAGAACUAAUUCCAGACACAGCUACUCAUGGAUAUCACUCAUUGUGAGCCAUGUUGCCAGUUUCAAUCAAGUUGAUGGUAUUUAAUAAAUGUAAAAACAAUACACUCUUAAAAGCCU